UACGAUGUUAUUUUACGUGUAACCAGGUGUUUCCUUUCAUUCUCCCAGCUUCUUCUGGGAUCCCUCUGCCCCACGGCCCGUCGGCCCCACGCUCGCCCGUCUUAGCCCGCCCCGUUGUGGUUUGUCACCACCAGGGCACCAUGGACACGGACGACCUGAAACUGGCGCUGGAGCGGCAGAGGGGGGAGAACAAGGAGCUGGUGGAAGCCCUGCUGCAGCUGGAGGCCGACUACGCCCAGCUGGAGCAGGAGCGAGCGGAGGUGCAGGAGGAGGUGGGCAGGAUCGUCAGGCUGCGGAGAGUCACAGUCGCCGCGGAGGAGACGGAUGGGGCUUGGGAGGAGCUGGACGCCACCAGAUCCAGCCUGCUGUACGUCCAGCAGGAAUUAAAGCUCCUGAAACGCCAGCAGGAGAGUUUGGAGGAGGAGAAGCAGGAGAUGCGGGACACCAUCCAGGAGCUGACGACGGAGAAUCUCACCCUGACCAAGGGGAACUUCCGAGGCCACCAGCAGCUCUUGGAGGUGCAGCAAGCCGUGAAGCAGCUAAAGGCGGAUCUGCAGCGAGUCAAGGAAGAGAGAGACGCGCAGGGGAAGGAGCUGGCCAAGGAAAAGCUCCACUCCUCCGAGCUGACGGAGACGAUUCGGGAGCAACGGGAGAUCCAGGAGGUCCUUCAGAGCAAAAUAAACCAACUGAAAGAAGAGCUGGAGGAUUCGGAGCAGCAGAAUGCGCUCCAGAAGUUAGAACAGGGCGAGGAUCUCUCCGGGUCGUUGCUGUGUGAGAUAGUGGAAGCCAAGCUGGAGACUCGACUGGUGGCGAAGAGACGCGGCAUCACCUACUGGCUGUGGACGCUGGCCUCCCUCUACAUCUGGCUGCAGCUCCUCGCCGGCUCCCUCGUGGCCACGGCCGUCCUCUACACAUACUUCUUCGACGGGGAGUUCAUCUACCGCACGCUGCCGCUGGUGCUUUCGGAGCACAGCUAUGACCAGCUGGCUUCUGGCCUGGGCGGCCACCUCACCCUGCACAGCCAGGGGCUCCUGCCCUUCUGAGCUCCCUGGCCACGGCUGGCUGCGGUGCCGCGGGCUAUUAGUGGGGGGGGGGUGCGUGUGCGUCUGGAGGAAAACCCAGUAGAGGCCCCUGGGUGAUUAAACUAUUUAACUGCCAUGUGCUCUCUACUGUGCCUCCCACAGCUCGGUGAGGUCACUGCAUCCCACCCCUUCUCCUGUGGGGCUGAUCCUACCCCACAGGCUUCGGCGAACAACCUAGUGCUUCCCGGGCACAGGCGGUUGUGAACCCCAGCCCUGUCUCUCAGGGGGCGGCUCUCCUGCUCCAGGCUAUGGGGAGGCAGGGGAAACUGAGGCACAUGAGCAGGCGUCUCGGAGUCUCUCCCCCAUCUGGAGAUACAUCAACUCCCCAGUACCUGACCCCAGACACCACAUGGGGAGCAGCAGGAACGUCUCUAGCGUCUUCUGGCUUUGUGCUGUUGGGUUUCUCGUCCCAGCCAGAGCUUCGGCACCCGCUCUUUGCCCUCUUCCUCAUUGAAGAGCCGAGAUUCAAGUGAUACUGAGCCAGAGAAAAAGGCACCGCCAAACCGAUCCGAACCAGGCUUAUCUAGUGACUGACACGGCAUUGUCGCACGGUACUUUGCGGCGUUGUUGUAGCCACGUCUGUCCCCCCCCCUCCAUCUAUCUUUGCCAAUUGUUGUAUGUGGUGUCGGAGCUACGUCAGUCUCACCUUGUCCAGCUUUGCCGAUUGCUGUUGGAGCCGGGUUAGUCCCACCCUGUCUUUGCCGAUUCUUGUCUGCAGUAUUGUAGCUGCGUCUGUCCCACCCUGUCUGUAGUAAGAGGAGGCCCUAAGAUAUAAACCUUGGUAUCAGAGGCCUGGUAUGAGGCCUGAGGCCUGAACUAAAGUCAUGGUCAAGACUUUGCUCACAUAAAGCAAAAUGAAGCCGUGAGCCAGAGGCAGGCCCUGCUCGCAGAAGCUGGCAAGGAAAGGGCUGAUGCUGCAAGAAGAUACGUACCUAAAAGGUGCUGGACACCAGAGAUCAGAACAUUCACAUACUCGUACACUCCACACAGAUAACAAGGAACAGGCUGAGCCAUCCCAAUGACCGGGCCAAAGGGGUACUAUGAUGGAUAGAGUUGUUUUGUUCAAACCAACAUGUACAAGGUGAGGGAUGGCACCUUGCUACGUAGAGGGGUUGUACCUUGCUGCGUAGAGGGGUGGCACCUCGUACGUCAGGUGUGAUGUGUAGCUUGUUUGUACCUGUGUGUAAGAUGCAUCCCUGGGGUGGUGUCGUUGUCCGGCCGAGGGGGCAGUGGAACGUCCCGCCACUGACUGAGCGGAGUCCAUUGCCAAG